UGAAAUUAUUAUUUUAUUAGAAAGAUGUCUUAUUUCAUCAUAUAUUUACCUCACAAUAAAGGUUUAUAAAGAAAUUUAUAGUAACAAUGAAAAGAAAGAAAUUACUAUUGUUACGACAAAAUUACUUCCAUUACGAAUCUGACAAAUAUUGAAUAAAGGAAGGAUGACUGUUUCAUAUCAGUAUCAAGUUGCAAACUCUACCAGAGGUGGAUUCACCAGACUCCUUUUUAUGUGGAGAGGUUCACUCUAUAAACUUAUCUAUAGAGAAUUACUUUUAUUUUUGAUUUUAUUUGCUGGACUUUCUGCUAUUUACCGUCAUAUAUUAAAUUCUACACAAAAAAGAGAAUUCGAACAGAUCGUUAUUUACUGUGACAAUUUUAUUAAUUUAAUUCCAUUAAGUUUUGUUCUUGGAUUCUAUGUAUCUUAUAUUGCUCAAAGAUGGUGGCAACAAUAUCAAGCAAUACCUUGGCCUGAUAAAGUUAUGCAUUUAAUUGCUUUAUAUAUUACUGGAAAUGAUGAAUAUGGUCGUACUCUUCGAAGAGCUCUGAUGCGUUAUUUGAAUCUUUCCUUAAUACUUGUGUUACGUUCGAUCAGUUCAGCAGUAAAAAAACGAUUUCCAACACUUGAUCACGUCGUUGAUUCUGGUUUUAUGACAUCACUUGAAUUAGAUUUGUUUUUGGCGGUUCCGAGUUUAGAAUUCAACACUUAUUGGAUCCCUUGUACAUGGUUUAUUAAUCUUCUGAAAGAGGCGCGCCAAAAUCAUAGAAUUCCUGAUCCUCAGGGAUUGAAAUUAAUUAUGGAGGAAUUUAAUGAAUUUCGUACAAAAUGUGGCCUCUUAUGGAGUUUCGAUUGGAUAUCAAUUCCAUUAGUUUAUACACAAGUAGUAACAUUAGCAACAUAUAGUUUCUUUGGAGUAGCUUUAAUUGCUCGCCAAUACAUCGAGGGCAAAGAAAAACAAUUUCAAUUACAAAUUGACAUUUAUAUACCUAUUUUUACAAUUCUACAAUUUUUCUUUUUUAUGGGUUUAUUAAAGGUAGCAGAACAAUUAAUUAAUCCCUUUGGUGAUGAUGAUGAAGACUUUGAAUUAAAUUGGAUAAUUGAUCGUCAUACCAAAGUAUCAUAUCUUGGAGUAGAUACUCUUAUGAAUCGAUGUCCACCAUUAGUCAAAGAUAUUUAUUUUGAUGCUGAAAAUUUAAUUUUACCAUAUACUGAAGCAGCAGCAGCUUAUAAAAAGAAAACUUAUCGUGGUAGUGUAGCAAAUAUGACAGUUCCUGAAGAAAAACAAACCAUGUUUUUACCAGAUGUUAUAGAAGAAGAAGAAGAAGAUAUAAAACCCUCACACCACACAUCAACUAUAAGUUUAACUAAUGAUAGUCCAUUAUGUGAAAGACGCCAGAUUAGCCAACACUCUGAAACACCUACGACAAUUGAUCAAACUUAUUCUGAAACAAUUUUACAAUUUGAUAUUCAAGAACCGGCCCAAGUUAAUCAAACAGAACAACGAAAAAAAAUUAUAACAGAAACCAUGAAGAAAUUUUCAUCCCUAGGAAAACAUUCGAUAUCACGAAUCGAUACAAAUCGAAAACCAUUUUUUAUGUUAACAAAAAGUCCUAAAGUUGUUAUACAACCUUGGUCAAGUACAUCCAAUUUAUCAAAAUCUACGAAACAAAUUAUAGAUACACCUACCAUAUACACCACCAAAAUAAAUCCAUGGAAAGACUAUAAGACAUCAAAUAUUGUGCAAUCGUUUUCAUUUGAAGCUUCAGAAUGUUCUCAAGAAGAGAAACGAUCUAAUUUUGAAAAUGUAUAUUCAUUUGAUAACAUUAAUAUAAAUCCCAAUGAUAAUCCUCAUUCAGAUACAUGUCAAAUACAAUGUCAUCAUACAAUGUAUCAUUUAACACUGCCAGAAACACCUUUAUCAACUUCGAUAAGAGCAAUAGUGCCAAAAAAUAGGAGUCCCAAAUUUCUUGUAAAAAGACAUAGAUCAAUGAAAUUAGGUAAGAAAAAAGGUAUUCAAUGGAAACAAAUUGUAAAAACAAAUAGAAAAAUUACAACAGAUAACAUAUCAAUGAUUGAAAAAUCAUUACCAUAUUCAAGAAGCUCACCAAAUUUGAAAUUAGAAGAAAUUCCACAAAAUCUAAAAAAUAAUAUAUCUGAUGAUGAUACAAGCUCUUCAUGUAAAGAAGAAUAAAUUUUAAAAUUGCAAUUAUA